UAACCAUGAAGACCAGCCUAUUAUUAUGAAUCCACCAUGAAGACCGGCCAUUAGCGAUGACAAGUCUAUAUACGUUUCUACGUCAAUGACCGUGAUUAUCAUUGAUUUAACCGAGGUUCCCCGAGCUCGGCCGAAGUUCUCUCCCCGACACUCUCGUCCGCGCAUUCCGCACUCCGAUCCCGCGAUCGGCUGUUCGCGCGAGUUUCGCCAAGUGCGAUGCGACGCGAGACCGAGACGUGACGCGACGCGUGCCCGCCCGUCACGUCCGCUCCGGCACUCCGCUGACUUCCCGAAUAUGUAAAUACGCGCUCGCGCGCGCGCGCGUACGUAUACAACGUAAAUCGGCGUUCGGCCCUCGGCUCAUUUCCUCACCGCGAGUGCUCUCACUGCCGCGCCGUCGAGUCGCCGAGCGAACCUCGCAAACUUUCCUGUGAUCCCUGCGGAGAGAGAGGUUCCCGUCGUGAGAUAUGUCGGAGGUGCGCAAGAGGACCGUCGACGCGACGUCGUCGGCAGCGGCGCGAGACGUCAGCGACGAUCAGAAAGAAGAUGUUGAAUCUGAAGAUGAUGCGAAAUUGGAGGUAGAAGAUUUAGCAAAGACUCUACCUCAAGGAACUGACCAUACCCCACAUAUUUUAAGUUCUGUUCUUUCCGGUCUUCCAGAUCGUUGGCGAAAUUGGAUAAUUAGAACUAUUUUUACUUGGUUUAUGAUAGCUGGAUUUUGUCUCAUUAUUUAUGGAGGUCCAUUAGCGUUGAUGAUUACAACAUUGAUUGUACAAGUAAAAUGCUUCGAAGAAAUUAUUAACAUUGGAUAUGCUGUAUAUAGGAUCCAUGGUCUACCGUGGUUCAGAUCUUUAUCAUGGUAUUUUUUGAUAACCUCGAAUUACUUUUUUUAUGGAGAAAACUUAAUGGACUAUUUUGCAGUGGUGAUCAAUCGAACGGGAUAUCUACGUGUGCUUGUUACGUAUCAUAGGUUUAUCUCAUUCUGUCUUUAUAUCCUUGGCUUCGUAUGGUUUGUACUCUCACUCGUGAAAAAAUAUUAUAUGAAGCAAUUUUCCUUAUUUGCUUGGACGCACGUCGCAUUACUUAUUGUUGUGACACAGAGUUAUCUUAUUAUCCAGAAUAUAUUCGAAGGAUUGAUAUGGUUUAUUGUACCUGUUAGUAUGAUUGUCAUAAAUGAUGUGAUGGCAUAUAUGUUUGGCUUCUUCUUUGGGCGAACACCAUUAAUAAAAUUAUCUCCGAAGAAAACUUGGGAGGGCUUUAUUGGUGGUGGUAUUUCGACUGUCAUACUUGGAUUAAUGAUGUCUUACGUUAUGUGUCAGUAUCGCUAUUUCGUCUGUCCCAUCGAGUAUAGCGAAACUCUGGGAAGAAUGACUAUGGACUGUGAACCAUCGAGCUUGUUUCAGCCACAAGAGUACACGUUGCCAAGCAGCCUUCAAGUGAUAUCAAGAAUGUUAAACGGAAAGUCUACCUUGACAUUGUAUCCAUUUGUUCUACAUUCGUUGUCGCUGUCCAUAUUCAGCUCUGUAAUUGGUCCGUUUGGAGGGUUCUUUGCUAGCGGAUUCAAACGAGCGUUCAAAAUUAAGGACUUUGGUGAUGUAAUUCCUGGUCAUGGUGGAAUAAUGGAUAGAUUCGACUGUCAGUAUUUAAUGGCAACAUUCGUGAAUGUCUAUAUUUCUUCAUUUAUUCAUACUGCAUCGCCUCAAAAGCUAUUACAGCAGGUUUAUAGCCUGAAGCCGGAGCAACAAAUGCAACUUUUCCAAACGCUAAGAGACUCUUUGGAAAAUAGGGGUAUGCUAAAUUAAUAUUUAAAUAAUAAAAUAUUUUUUUAAUUUAUAAAUAUGUAUUUAACGGCAAAACUGCUGUAGGGAUUAUUUUUACCUACCUGAAAAAUAUUAGAAAAGAUUGCCUAUAGUCUUUUCUAAUAUUUCAGCAGACGUUAUACACAGAUGACAAUGCAAUCAGUAUCAAAUAAUUAUAAUAAUUUGUUAACUCGUAACGACGAAAUUUAUUUUGUAUUUAUAGAUGUAAGAGCCAUAUCAUAAUGUGAUGGGACUAUCUAAUUGAAAUUCAACAUGACCAGAGAUGAAAUAUUUUUUCCUAAUCUAUUUUUCUAUUUUUUAAUUUUUAUUUUGUUUUUAAUUGCAAAUAAAGAUGAUAAAUUUUGAUAUUAAAAGAAAACAGUUUUCUUUAAUAUCUUGAUUCUUUAUGUAUUUCGCAUUAUGAAGAAUUUAUUUAUACACCAAAAAUAUGAUGCACACAUCGCGAGUAUCGAAGAAAAAAUUAUGUCACUGUAAUUGUCACUCUGGUCUGAAGAAUAAUCAGUUGGAUAGAUCUAUCAUAAUUUUAACUAUUUUCGUGCAUUCCACGUUAGAUAGUCGAAUUUCUGUCAAAUGCGAUAGUUUAUAUUAAACUACAAAGCAUUGUUGGAAAUACGAGAUAUUUUUGUCUAAAAAAAAAAUGAACCAAAGAAAGUCGCAUUACGAAAAUACUGUGUCAUACGUAGCAGCAUUUAAGUAUGCGCAAUUCCCUAAAAUCCAUUUCUUAAAACACCUGCUUAUUGUUUUUCUUCAGAUAUUACAAAAUAUUUACUAAGAGAAUAAAAUACUAUUUUUAUGUAAUAUAUUUUGUUAAAACGAGAUAUCUUUACUUAUAAUAAUCAGAUCUCAGUAGUUUCUAUUUGUAAUUGCAUUGUUAUAAUUGCAUUUAAAAUCUGGUACAUAAUAGAAACGAAUCUCGUUUGUACAUAUGUGUUAUGUAUACAUUUGUCCUUUUAUGAAUUAAUGUAAAAAUGUUAAUGAUUCUAUGAAUAAUAAUCUUCGGUUUCGAUGAGCUUUCUUUUUGUUAAAAAGAAUUCUAAUGUGUAUUGCUAUGUAUAGGGAAAAAUAUCCUAACGUAAUUGUAUGUUACGUAUUGUCGUUAAUGUUGCUGGAUAAAUGGUUCUACUUAGGAGUUUAGCAUUAUGCUUCCUUCUUUUGUAUCUUUUUAUAUCACUUGUUUAGCGACAGUAAAGUAAAACAGUAGUCAUUAUCUCUAGAUUAUAUUCUAAUAAAGCUAUUUAUAUUUGUAUUUAUAUAUGAUUAUUAUUGUUAUUUUUAUUAUUGAGAAAUAUAUCUAAAACUUGUUAGUGGAAGAUGUUCAGUGAUGGACGAUUCUUUUAAAAAAUUUGCAAAAAUCAUACAUUUGAACAUUAUUUUUAAUCACACGAUUUAAAUUUCGAAAUUUAAUUCUUGGAAAAGCUUGAAAAAUUAUGAAAAUUUUAGAAAGAAAAAAUUAUUGAAAUAUUUAAAUACACUUAAAACAUUUAAAAUUCUUAAAAAUAAAAUUGUUAUCUGUGUAUAAAGUAGAGAAUGGAUGGAAAUAAUAAUGUAAAGUGUCGUAAAAGAGAAAUAUAUUUUUAAGAUACUCAUGGCUUUUAAAAAUUAUUUGGUUUUGUACAGUACCUGAAACAAUUCGAGCCUUGUAUAUUACAAGUGCCUCGAGUCCAUUACUACAUAGUAUAUUGGAUAUCGCAUUUAAGUAGAGAUCUUGAAAUUUUUUAUGUCAUUUAAAUGUAUAUACUCUUACAAAUUUUAUGUAAAGCAAUGUAAAAUAUCUUGCCAAUUUACUUGCUACUAUAAUUUACUUUACUACAUUUAUAAGAAAUCGCUUGAUAUUCAUGAAUUGUAUGAAUCAUUUAGUCACUGUUAUCGUGAUUGUACUACUUACGUUGUACUCAUAAUGCUAAACUUCAAAAUAUUGCGAUUUAUAUAUAGACAUAUAUGUAUAGCACACAUAGUGAGAAAGAUUAUAUUAUAAAGAUAAUUAUUUGGGCAAAAUCGAUUUCUAUUUAUUAAUCGACUUUUCUAUCAGUUCAGAAACAGGACAAGAAAAUUAAUAAAUGGAAAUGGAUUUACUAUGUUGUAUUGGUGUAGCAAAUAAUUAUGUGAUGUAUGUAUCAUAUAAUUGAUGAAAAUGUGUGGGUAGGUCGGACUCCCACAAUUAUCUGAUUUGCAUUGCUGUGCAAAAUAUCUAAAUGGUCACUGAGAUAAGAAAUGACGUUAGAAAUAGAUCUUCUUAACAGAUGUUAGUUAAAAAUUAUUUUAUUGCUCUCCAAUUAAUUCCGAUACUGUCGAUAAUUGUGCCAAUCAUGCUUGACAAAUACAGAUUCUUACGUAAAUUAUAUGCACUGAAUUGAUGUGGCACAAUCAAAAGUAGCUUUCUGUGAUUAGAUUAAUGUAAAAUUACGUUUAGUAAAAAUUGUGCGUUAUGUAUUACUAAAAUAUGCUCGAAUCUAAAUAUUAUUGUUGUCUCGGAAUAGCGAGUUUAAACGAAUUGUACUUAAUUGAACAAACAAGCGAUUAUUUCUAUUGGUUCAUGUGAUCAAUUCAUUUCUAUUGCUUCACGCUUUCAAUUCUAAUAUUACUAAGUCGCUGCACGAUAAAUAUCACAUCAAUUCUUCUAUUUGUUUUAAAGCUAUUUCAAUCGAGAUUCGAGCAUAUAUAUCUUCCGAAAAGGAUAUAUAACGUAUGUAAUUAAAAAAAACAUUAAAUUUGUAGAUUUUUUAUUUUUAAAUGUUCAUGAUAUUUCUAUAGCGAAAACUUAGCGAGGCAUUAGAGUGAUUAGAGAUAUUUCAGAGAAAUAUAAUGACAGAUGAAUGGAUCAAAUAUGUAUACAUACAUAAUAUAUGUACACAUGUAUAUUUAUUUAAUAGAAAAUAUAAAAGGAAAGGUGUAUAUUAAUAUAUAAAUGGAAAUUAUUUGAAGAAAUAUGUUACAAACUACUUACAAUUUUAGAUUCAAAAUAACUUGAGUUUUAAUAUAUGAUAUAUUUAUGUAGCGAUCAAAAAAUAAAAUCCUGAAAGAUUAAUGCUGUUAUAAUAAAACA